UACGUUUUAUGACAGUUGUUUCUCCAGAGGUUCAUCGCUGUGUAUUUUUUAGGCAUUUUCUCCCUUCCAUCAUGUCUGAAUCAUAUGACUUCUUAUUCAAGUUUCUUGUGAUCGGGAGUGCUGGCACGGGAAAAUCCUGCCUUCUUCAUCAGUUUAUUGAGGGCAAAUUUAAGGCAGAGAGCAACCACACCAUCGGAGUGGAGUUUGGAUCAAAGAUUGUCAAUGUUGGAGGCAAAUCUGUCAAGCUGCAGAUAUGGGACACUGCUGGCCAGGAGAGGUUCAGAUCAGUGACUCGUUCUUAUUACCGUGGGGCAGCCGGAGCAUUAUUGGUGUAUGAUCUGACCUCCCGCGACAGUUAUAAUGCUCUCGGUAACUGGCUUGGUGAUGCACGAACCCUGGCCUCUCCUAACAUCAUGAUCCUGUGUGUCGGGAAUAAGAAAGAUUUGGAGGAAGAACGGCAAGUUACCUUUAUGGAAGCCUCACGAUUUGCACAAGAAAAUGAGCUGAUGUUCAUGGAGGCCAGUGCACUGACUGGGGAGAAUGUAGAAGAAGCUUUCUUGAAAUGUGCCAAGAGUAUCCUUGCUAAGAUAGAAACAGGUGAGCUGGACCCAGAGAGGAUUGGCUCAGGGAUCCAGUAUGGUGAUGCCACUCUCCGUCGCCUUAAUCGAGCAAAUAACCAGCGGCCCAAAGCUGGGACAGAAUGUAUGGGGUCAUCCUGUAGGAUCUGAAGUAUGUCUGUAGGUUUAUAAUGUAUUGCUUGCCUAAUAAUUUAUUAAGGUGUGGUAGUCAGAUGACAUCCAGUUAAGCCAGGUAUAUGACUUAUGUCCAACUAUGUUAGGGCAAGAUUUAUGUUACUAAGACUGCAUCAGUUUCAUUUGUUUUCAGUAGGGUAUUUAUUUUAAUCAGAUAGCCUCAGAGGAACAUUAUUUUAAAUGUUUAACAUCUAGUAAAACAGUGGAUUUUUAUAUGCUGAACAAAGUACUCGACAUGUAAUACAUCCAAUUGUUUUGAGUAAUUCUCCAUCUUUUGUCUUUAUCAAAAAUUUUAAAUAAUUAUGAUGAAAUGCUUGCAUUGCCCCCAUUUAUUUAAUAGUAAGUGUAAAUAUAUUCCUUGCAUAACCCUCUCAGUUCAACAUAUUGCUGUGUACAGUAGUCAUGAGCACCACUGGAGUGUGAUUCAGGCUUCUGAACACAUUUUUAUUGUAAUGGAUCAAUAGAUAUUUCAUACCAAAGGUAUUUCUUCGACUCAAGUGAAGAGUUUUCUUAUUGCAGUCAUAUAUUUUAGAUUACACUGUACCUACAUUUACUUUAUAUGCUGAUUGGAAUGAGACUGCCUACUUGACUAAAGGGAAACAAUCAGGGAAUGUUAUGCAUUACAAUAUACAAUAGUCAGGUAGUUCGAUGUUGUAGGAAGUAACCAUUAGGAGAGUGCGUACCAAAAAUUAAGAUUCCUGAAGAGAUACCAUGAUUCCCAGAGGCAGAGGUGUUUCUUGCCCCACCACAAAGCCUGUAGACUGUGUUCUCUCUCAUUUAGAUUGUGAUACACCAACUCAAUCACUAUAAGUUGUAUAAAUGUAUAUCACAUUAUCACAUAUUAAUGUAAUGUACUGUAUCAGCAUUUACAGUGGUAUUUUAUUUUUUUUUCAUGCUAUAAGGUAAAAAAGAAAAGACCAAACAAAGUACAAGAAUGCUUUUCUGGAAGAAAUCUCGAUGAAAAAAAAUCUUUCUGGGAGAGCCUGCCCCUGAACCAUACUAGCAUUUCCCAUAUUUCAUGUCCUUUGCCUCUAUUUAAGCUGUGUACUGUUAGUACAAGUCUUGACUGACUUACUGAUAGAAUAUUUUACUGAACUGUGACACGGUAUGCAGGAUCUGUGAGUUGUUAAAGGGUGUGCAAUUAUUACUGUUUUUUUUUUUUUAAUUUAAAUCAAUCUCUUAAAAAAAUAAUACUGUAAUUAUCAUAAUAAUACCUGUGUUUAUACAUUCUAUUUUCAUAGCUGUUUGUAGAGAAUAAUCAUUAACCAAUAUGGUGUCUUGAAGCUGUGAUUUGUCAACUCAACAAUUGUAUGCAGCAGCUAUGAGCAGUGCUGGUUAACCCACACUGAUGCAAUUCAGCCAGUUGAAUGGCAGUUGUACCCAAAAUGUGGAUACAGUACUAUACUUAACUCAUUUGGAGUUCAAAUCAGGAAUUGAGGAUAACACCCUCUCACAGGAUCUUCACAUUUAAAAUUUCACCUCCACCUUGAGAUUAUUACCUAUAAGAUCUGAAAACUCAGUCAUUUGGUGAGGGUGGACUUGUUUACUCGGUGAAGACUCUCAAUCCAUCUCGCUGCACCGAGUAUCUCGUCUUAACCCUUCAAGAAAUCUGGUGUGGAUGGCAAAGAUAUGUCUUGUUAAUUUGAUUAAAUUUUUAGAUUCCAGUCACAAGCUUUGAGUACUGGGAGCCUGGAUUUUCAGUAUUGUUGAGUUCCUGACCAUGUCUGAGUCACCUGAUCCUUACUGACUAUACCUGAGUCACCUGAUCCUUGCUGAUUAUACCUGAGUCACCUGAUCCUUACUGACUACACCUAAGUCACCUGAUCCUUGCUGACUAUACCUGAGUCACCUGAUCCUUACUGACUAUGCUUGAGUCACCUGAUUGUUGCUCAAAGUAAGACUCGGGAUCAAUUACCUUUAUUUAUAUCCAGCUUGGGAUCUUGUACAGGUCAUUGUUAAAGAAUAAUUACAGGUAUCCCUCACUAUACAAGUUCCCUCUACGAAUGUUCGCUUAUACAAAUAUUAUAUUCUUACACCUCACUCUCACCAUACGAAGGCUGUUCUUACUUACGAAUAUGGUUCCUUAACGUUAGGUGCCACAUUUAUAUUUUAUUAAUUAUUUAAUUAUUAGGUACUGAAUUACAGUACCUGUAGUUAGGUACUAAUUUACAGUUCUGUAGUUAGGUACUAAUUUACAGUAUUUAGGUAGGUUUUUGUUGUUUGUAAACUAAUUUAAUUUUUUUUAAGUAAAAUAUUGGGUUCUUCCUGGCAUUGGGGAACUGAACCCUAUUUUCCUAUAUGUUAUGUUAUGUUCGAUAUAUAAAUAUUCACUUAACGAAUGGUUUUCAAGGAAUCUAACCCAUUCAUAUAGUGAGGGAUAUACCUGUACUUAAAAAGAUUAUACAUUUUUGGCUCCUGGAAUCACCUCUCCCUUAUAAGAGUGUGAAUACUGUACUACCGGUGUAUCUGUAAACAAAGAGCUUUAUCUACUUUACGAUUGAAGGAGGGAGUGUCAAUAGAGUUUCUGAUAAUGAUUUUUUCAAUUGCUAUUUAAGUUAUAAUUUCUAAAACAAAUUAUUUUUAGGGUAAUGAUGAUGAUUGGUGAUGAUAGUAAGUACAGAUCUGUUUGAUAAAUAUAUAAACAGGUACAUAUAUAUUCUCUAUGGUACUUAUGUAAGAGGUUGUACUGUGUGUGUGUGUGUGUCUGUGUGUUAGUAGCUCUUGGUUCUCUUUAGUAGGUUCUUUAUUAUUUACCAUACACCUUUAACCAUCACAUUUGACAUACAGUAAUUAUAUACAUUUGUGAGUUUCCUUUACUUGUACCCGCACAUUACAAAGGUUCAUAACAUUCCAUUUAAAACGAGGUUAUAGACUUCUGUCACUGUUAGAGUCAAGAGAAAACAAUACUAGUUUAUUUUGUGAUGAUUUUGGAAUGUAUUCUUUUAAGGUAUUUAUGAUCUGUUUGUUUGUCUGUCUGUUUGUGUUUUAUUCUCAUUGUAAUUUAAACUCUUAACCAUGUUUGUCUUACUGGUGAUGGUAAGUACUGAGGUUUAGCCAAUGUACAUUUUAUUUUUUUAUCUGAGAACCCUAAAUGGUCACUAUGCUUUAAGAUGUGCAAUAAACAGAAACUUAAAAAUCACUUGGAAUAUCGACUGAUUUUUAGGAUUCUAUUUACUACACAUCGCAAAAUGUAGUGAUCUUUUAGGGUUCUCGAAUAGAAAAAUUACUCUAUAUAUUUUACCUAUGAAAUAUAAUAUAAAGAAUUUCAUGGAAUAUAUUGUCUCUCAUGCAGUUCUGUAGUCUGGUAAACACUGAAUAUAAAUACUGUAGAUACAAUUACAUGACCUAUUUUAUUUCAAUAGUAAGUCUAAGUUAAAUGAAAUCUCAUGUGUAUGAUUGAAGGUUGUGAGGAGGCAUUAGGUACAGUACUCAUGAUGUUAACUUAGUACUGAGGAGGAGUGAUUUAUAGGGUAGACAAUUGCAUAGCUUUCCUAUGUGGGCCGGAGUUGCUUCAUAGAUUAAAACUUUCAACAUC